UCCACCCCCCCAACAAAAAAAAAGCCCACACCAACAGGCAGGACACAACCUUGAGCAGCAAACAAGCAGCUGUUGUGUUUGCUGCUGGUACCUCGCCUGCCUCCUCUCUCUGAGUGAGUUGUGUGUCUCUGCUCAUCCAUGCAACCAUAGCUCUGCAAAUUAUUCUUCCUUUCCAAGUAUACAUUCGAUGCCCUUUUGGAGGCUGUCAUCGAAUCUACUUCCAACAUACUUUCAGUUCUGUUGCAACGAGAAAAGAUGAAGUUUCUUGUUGUCUGUCCGCUUGGCCUGCUUCAGCUUUUGAUAGCCCUUUGCCUAUCGCAGCAGCAUCACUCAGAACUUCUGGUCAGCACUAAGCUGGGGAAGGUGAUGGGAACAAGAAUGCCAGUUCUGUCCAGCUACCUCAGCGCUUUCCUUGGGAUACCAUACGCCGAACCUCCAAUUGGGAAUUUACGAUUCAAAAAGCCUGAGGCCAAGACACCAUGGUCAGGGAUCUGGAACGCUUCCUCUUAUCCCAAGAUCUGUCAGCAAUACGUUGACACUCAGUUUCCUGGAUUUCCUGGCUCAGAGAUGUGGAACCCUAAUAAAGAGAUGAGUGAGGACUGCUUGUACCUCAAUGUGUGGGUCCCGUCCCCUAGGCCAAGAAAUGCUACUGUCAUGGCGUGGGUCUAUGGAGGCGGUUUCUACAGUGGAGCUUCAACAUUGGAUGUCUACAAUGGGAAGUAUCUUGCUCACACUGAACAGGUGAUAGUGGUCUCCAUGAACUACAGGGUUGGUGCUUUUGGUUUUCUCGCUCUCCAUGGAUACCAAGAGGCACCAGGAAAUGUUGGGCUUCUGGACCAGAGGCUGGCAUUGCAAUGGGUGCAGGAGAACAUCCAGUUCUUUGGUGGAAAUCCAAAGAUGGUGACUAUUUUCGGAGAAAGUGCUGGCGGAGCUUCUGUUGGCAUGCAUCUCCUCUCCCCGGGGAGCAGAGACCUCUUCAAAAGGGCUGUCCUACAAAGUGGCUCACCAAAUUGUCCAUGGGCAACUGUUUCUGUAGCUGAGGGUCGCAGGAGGGCAGUUGAAUUAGGAAGACUCCUGAACUGCAACAUCAACAGCGAUGAAGAGUUAAUUGAUUGCCUUCGGACAAAAGAGCCUCAAGAACUCAUUGACAAGGAGUGGUCUGUCCUCCCGUACAAUAGCGUCUUCAGGUUUUCAUUUGUUCCAAUCAUUGAUGGGGACUUCUUCCCAGAUUCCCUGGAGUCCAUGCUGAACUCGGGUAAUUUCAAGAAAACUCAGGUCUUGUUAGGGGUCAACAAGGAUGAAGGUACCUACUUCCUCCUAUAUGGAGCCCCAGGCUUCAGUAAGGACUCAGAGAGCAUUAUUACUCGCGAAGACUUCAUGGCAGGGGUCAAGUUAAGUGUCCCUCACGCAAGUGAGUUGGGGCUGGAAGCUGUUGCCCUUCAGUACACGGACUGGAUGGAUGAGCAUAAUGGUAUAAAGAACAGAGAUGCAAUGGAUGACAUUGUCGGAGACCAUAAUGUCAUCUGCCCUUUAAUGCACUUUGCCUACAAGUACUCGGAAUUUGGUAAUAGCAUCUACAUGUACUUCUUCAAUCAUCGAGCCUCCAAUUUGGUUUGGCCAGAGUGGAUGGGAGUCAUCCAUGGCUAUGAAAUUGAAUUUGUCUUUGGGCUACCUCUAGACCGCCAUCUAAACUACACAGAGGAGGAGGAGAUGUUGAGCAGAAAGAUAAUGCACUACUGGUCAACGUUUGCAAGAACUGGAAACCCAAAUGAGCAUCAUAUGCAAAAACGAAAAUGGCCACCUUUCACUACCGAUGACCAGAAGUUCAUUGACCUUAACGUGGAGCCUAUCAAGGUCAAUAAGGGUCUACGAGUUCAGAUGUGUGCCUUCUGGAACCAGUUCCUUCCCAAGCUCCUCAAUGCCACAGCCUGUGAUGGAGAACUAUCUAGCAACAGAACACCUAGUUUUAAGGGGAAUGGUUUCUGUGUUGUUUUAUUGACCCUUCUCUGCUUCUUUCUCAACUAAACAAGAUGCAUUAACAUCUGAGAUAAUGGGAACUGCAGAUGCUGGAGAAUUCCAAGAUAAUAAAAUGUGAGGCUGGAUGAACACAGCAGGCCAAGCAGCAUCUCAGGAGCACAAAAGCUCCUGAGAUGAAUUAACAUCUGCCUUGGCGUCAGAAAGGCAUUGCAAGGUUAACACUGAAAAGGGGGAACUGUUCAUCAGGAGUUUGGAAAAAAUUCAAGACCAGUGAUACUCGAAUUACAGAUGGGGGAGGGUUGAUUCAGGACUGACUUCAUUGUUCAGCCUUGCUCUGAUUGUGAGCUGGUGAGUUGAGUUGGUAGAUGCAGAUGGGGAGCUUUUUAUCCACCUAUCACACCACUUUAGGUUUAGGAGCAAGAUAAUAGAUAAUAGAUCAUAGAACCCUUAAUGUAGAAACAGGCCCAACAAGUCCACACCCCCCCCGCCUCAGAGUAGCCUACCCAGACCCAUCCCCCUACAACCCAACUAAUCUACACAUCCCUGAACACUACAGACAAUUUAUCAUGGCCAAUCCACCUAGUCUGCAUAUCUUUGGUCUGUGGGAGGAAACCUGAGCACCUGGAGAAAACCCACAAUAGGCAAAUGCAAAAUAUAAAGCUGUAAGGCCUGCCCAACUGGGUUUUCAAGGGGCUUUUGGGAAUGGUUCUGACUGCCUUCUGACAAAAGGAAAAAAUAUUAUUUCAAUGGAGUGUCCCCAUCCCCUUGAGGCAGCUUUUAUGAUCAGAUGAAGUCUUGCAUGCAUUUGCCCUACCUCACUGAUCUUUAAAGGCUGGAAAGAGUCACUACAAUCUAAAGAUCUAAAUUUUUUUUUUGCAAUUCUGCACCCCUAAUUGGAACACCCAGCUUCUCCCCAACAGCCUCCCUCCCACUUCCAAGACUGAUCUCCACCCUCUAGUCGAGUCAAUCACUGGCUACACUGGAACCUCCUGGGCCUAGCAGAUCAGACUAAAAUCAACCUCCCAGUCACGGUGCUUUCUUAUGAUCAGUGAAAGGCUGUUGGGAUUUGCCUCUCCAGUGCUGUUGUAAUGUGAGCAGAAGAUUCAAGAGAAACCAUUCUGCCUGACUACUGUCCCCUGCAGCUGGCGUCUGGGUAGCCACUCUCUGAUUGCGAUACCAGAGGGAACGUCAUUCUUUAAUUGUAGCCCAGAGGACAAUUCCAACACUGUCCUGGGACUGGAUUCACCUUCGUGGCUGGAAGUAGUGUGUUGGAGUGGGGAAGGCAGUAUAGAAUCAAAGUAAGAAAGGGUAAUGUCGAUGAUCUAGGGCGUAUCUUGUCUUGAGGCCUGGUUGGAGGGUGGUUCCUCAGUCUUGCUCAGUGAGUUACCCAGCAGGAAUUGAGUUACAAACGGUAUGACCUCAAAGCAUAGAAAAACAAAGUGAGACAGAAUCAAACCAUCAAAGAAACUCUUGUUAAAUCUGCUACACUUAUUCUUUUAAAUCUGUGUAAAAUUUGCUCAAAACUUAAGUGAAAGCAAGCUGUUUAAUUUAGUAUCAGAGAUAAUGGGAACUGCAGAUGCUGGAGAAUCCAAGAUUCUUCCCGUCUUCCCUGGACUGACCUAUCCCCUCCCUACCUAUACUCUCCACUCCACCUAUCUUCUUUUCUCUCCAUCUUCGGUCCGCCUCCCCCUCUCUCCCUAUUUAUUCCAGAAC